GAAAGAGAGAGAGAGAGAGAGAGGAGAAUGUAAAUGAUGAAUGUGUGUGUAUGCGUGUGUGUAUAAGAAGGAUCAGCCAACGUGGAGUUUAUCCUUCUUGAGAGUGCUCUUCGGCGCAGCGUGUAGCAUAUUUCGUUCAGUCUCCUUAUCGCGCGCAGUACCGAAGCAUCAUCGUUCCUCCGUUUGCAUUCUACUUCCAGUACCACCGAGCCCUGAAUGUUGAUCGGCCAUGCAGGCAUUUCCAUUGCUGGUUCAAUGGCAUUCUAAUCCAGACAUUUACCACGGGUUCCUUUCGGUUAUGGAUAUGGAACUUGAAGUCUGCAUUGAGAUGUCCAGCACUGCAAAGAAGAGACACGGAUUCAUUGUUGGAGGAACAGCGGCUGCACACAGGGUUCUCUCUAGCAGCCUUGGAUGUAUCACUGGCACAGAAGAAUUGAAAGAGAUCCUUGAGGGACAUGAGACACAGCUACAGAAGAUGGAAGAGGCCGCCGACAUGCAGGGUUUUUUGAUCGAACUGGUCGAUACAUUGGAAGCGAUCUUAAGCAGCCAGAGCAUGAGUACCGGUCAGGAAAAGCCAGUGUCGUACUGGUCCAGCGUUAUGGAACAGUUGGAUAUCCUCGGUUGGGAUAGAGUAUCACAAAUGAAGGAGGACUUCUCUCAAGUCCAGAUCGAACUCCAUGACGUCUCUCAACGCAAGCAUCUGUUGACAGUCAAAUUCCCGCCAGGUUACCCGACUAUUCCCUUUAUCCUUGAGCCUCUAGAAACUCCAGAAUGCGAUCUUGAACAUCGUUCGUUCACACAGCAGUUAGCAGCAGACACACACUCAUUAAGACAACAAUCCGGACUUCAGGCUGUGGUCCAGCAGACAGAGAGGUGGCUCGAGCUCUUUAGGGACUUUUGGGACGUAAUGCAGGAUAUUGACGAAAAGACAUGGGUGAUUGACCCCGAGAAACCGACAAGAGCGGAUCGUAUGCGGCGCUGCGCUCUAGGGAACCAUUGUUCUAUUCAAAUGACGAUCGAUCCACUAUCUCCGCGGUCCGUACCCGAUACGCGGUUGUUUGGUCCGACAACAAGCAUUGAGCCUAUGCGGCUCAAAUUGCACGAGAAUGCAAGGCUAUGGGACCAAAGAAAACUUCCACGUGAGAAUCUGGAGGUAUUGUUAGAGCUGCCCAAUGGUUUCCCAUCCCCUGUUACUGUGACUAAGGACGAGAUGAACAUUGAAUGUGGCAUCUGUUACUCGUUCCGCUUCGAAGGCCAGGUGCCUGAUCAGCUCUGCAGUCAUUCAAAAUGCCAGCAGCCAUAUCAUCGCGCGUGUCUCUAUGAGUGGCUACGGUCCGUCCCAACUACACGGCAGAGUUUCAACACCCUCUUUGGCGCCUGCCCAUAUUGUAGCGAGACCAUUACUACCACCGCUCCCAAGCUUUGAUUCCAUGGUACUGGCGUAGACUCCACAUCGGAACA